CUAUCCUGCGUUCAACCCAGAAGUUUAUAAAACCAAAUAACUUCACCCCAAUUUGGCACACAAGAGAAAACAUCGAAUGGAUGUCUCGCACAUUUAACGAGAAGGACUUGACAACAGGUAAAGAAACACAAUGGAGCUGAAACCUUUAUUGAAGAAGCUUGGCACAAUAAUCCGCGCUAUCCUCACGUUCACCUUUGCCGUGCUGGUCCUGUGCUUGAUGAUAUGGGCCUAUGUUUACGGCUUCCAGUUAGCGACCUCAGCAUUUGGAAUCAUCUCCUUUGGCUUUUAUGGACUACUCCUCUCACUCCACGUGUUCGUCCAGAGCUUAUUUGCUUUCAUUGAGCAACGUCGAAUGAAAGCUCGCAAAGAUCCGUGCACCUUCACCAAAACCAUUGGCUUCACCAUAUCAGCUUUCCAGGAGGACCCAUUGUAUCUCAAAGAGUGCCUUAACUCCGUCAAGGCCCUCAACUAUCCUCCUGAGCUGCUCCGCAUCAUCAUGGUGAUUGACGGGAACUCAGAUGAUGACCAGUAUAUGAUGGACAUGUUCAGGGAGGUGUUUGAGGAGCACGACCCUGGCUGUUGUGUGUGGCAGAACAACUACCAUACAUGGGACCCCAACCAGGCCCUGCAGGAUGGGGAAACGGUCCCAGCAGGGGAUGCUGAUCAUGUCAUUGGUGAGGAUCCACAGCGAAAAGAGGUGGAGCGACUGAUCCAGAACAAGAGUCACGUGUGCAUCAUGCAGAAGUGGGGCGGCAAACGGGAAGUGAUGUACACCGCGUUUAAAGCACUCGGGUCAUUGGUGGACUACAUACAGGUGUGUGACUCUGACACCAAGCUGGACUCUAUGGCCACCGUGGAGCUGUGUAAAGUGUUGGAAAGUAACCAAAAGUACGGUGCUGUGGGAGGAGAUGUGAUGAUUCUCAACCUGAAAGAGUCCUUCAUCAGCUUCAUGAGCAGUCUGCGGUACUGGAUGGCUUUCAACAUCGAAAGGUCCUGCCAGUCCUUCUUCGACUGUGUGUCCUGCAUAAGUGGUCCUCUGGGUCUCUACAGGAACGAUCUCCUCCAGCAGUUUCUGGAGUCCUGGUACAAUCAGAAGUUUUUGGGAACUCACUGCACAUUUGGUGACGACAGACAUCUCACCAACCGAAUGCUGAGCAUGGGCUUCGCUACAAAAUACACAUCCCUCUCCAAAUGCUAUACGGAGACACCUGCUCAGUUUCUGCGCUGGCUCAACCAGCAAACUCGCUGGACAAAAUCGUAUUUCCGAGAGUGGCUCUUCAAUGCAAUGUGGUGGCACAAGCACCACCUCUGGAUGACCUAUGAGUCCAUCAUCUCGGGCAUUUUCCCCUUCUUCGUCACUGCCACCAUCAUCCAGCUGUUUUGGAUAGGCACGGUGUGGGACAUCCUCUGGAUCCUGUGCUGCAUCCAGCUGAUUGGGCUGUUGAAAGCUGCUUACGCCUGCCUCCUGCGCAGAGACAUGGUGAUGUUGUUUAUGUCCCUCUACUCGGCUCUGUACAUGACCAGCCUGCUGCCUGCUAAGUACUUUGCCAUUCUCACCAUUAACAAAAGCAGCUGGGGUACAUCGGGCAGACGUAAGAUUGUUGGAAACUACAUGCCCCUCCUCCCUCUGUCAGUGUGGGCAGCCCUUUUACUAGCAGGGUUCAGUUACACAGUUUACAAGGAGAGUAAACAGGACUGGCGCACUCCAGCCAAGACAUUAGAACUUAGGUUUAUCAUCUUUGGCCUUGCGACAUAUGUGUUGUACUGGCUGCUUAUGAUUGUCAUCUACUGGGUGUGGUUCCGCAAGUUAUGCAGGAAACGCAUCCAAAGUUACACAUUGAGUGUGUAGAUCCAAAGGUACCUAUGAAGAACUUAGAGAAGACAACUUAUUUAUUCAAAGUCAACCAUUGACCCUAUUUUAUUAAAUGGGUUUCAUUUAUUUAUUUAGUCUAACAUUUCAUUAACUAAUGGACAGGUAUGCAGCUGCUAAACCAACAAACAUUAAAAAAAGGAGAAAAAAAGGAAUGAAUAUUGUUUCUAACAAAAAUAGCACAAAUAUAUUUAAGGGAAACUCUUUGAUUUAUAUGGAGGUGUUGCACAUUUAAAGGAUACUGUACUGAGGGCUUUUGGGCCCAUGCACUUCUCAGGUUUCUCUUUGUCAGAUUAUGGUGGAUGAGAUAUUUGUUCAAGAUUUUUUUUUAAGUAUUUAAAGAUGGGCGUUGGAUCUUGGUCAAUAUAUUUUUAUAACUAUGUCCAUGUGUGUAUAUAGAGAUUAUUUUAACAACACAAUGAACUCCACUUGCUUGACUGUGUCAGUUUCUGACCGUACAUUUACCACUGUUGCUGUUAUUGCACUGGAUCCUGGAUGUAACAUUUUCUGCAGUAUUGCACAUUUACUUGAAAAUACAGAAGUUUUGUACAGUUCAAGUUUUG